UUCUCAAAUCCAUUUUAAAAUGUUCUCCUACUGAUGUGUGUCUUUCUUCCAAUAGAUUAUCACUCCCUGUCGAAAGCUAAUCCUGUGUGCAGAGAAUCGAAAGGAAAUGGAGGACUGGAUAACAGCAUUAAGGACAGUGCAGAACCGGGAAUACUUUGAGUCCACACAGUAUAGCAUGGACCACUUCUCUGGUAUGCACAACUGGUACGCCUGCUCACAUGCCCGGCCCACAUAUUGCAAUGUGUGCCGUGAGGCCCUCUCUGGUGUCACAUCUCAUGGCCUGUCCUGUGAAGUGUGCAAGUUUAAAGCCCACAAGCGCUGUGCUGUCAGAGCCAACAACAACUGUAAAUGGAGCACCCUUGCAUCCAUCGGGAAGGAUAUCAUUGAGGAUGAGGAUGGGAUCUCAAUGCCACACCAGUGGCUGGAAGGGAACCUGCCUGUUAGUGCCAAGUGUACAAUAUGUGACAAAACCUGUGGCAGUGUGCUUCGCCUGCAGGACUGGCGUUGUCUCUGGUGUAAGGCUAUGGUUCAUACAGUAUGUAUAGAACAGCUGUCCAACAAGUGUCCUCUGGGUCAAUGCAAAGUAUCUGUCAUUCCCCCCACAGCACUCAAUAGUAUUGAUUCAGAUGGGUUCUGGAAGGCCUCCUGUCCACCCUCUUGCACAAGUCCCCUUCUUGUCUUUGUCAACUCUAAAAGUGGGGACAACCAGGGUGUCAAGUUCUUACGUCGAUUCAAGCAGCUGCUCAAUCCUGCCCAAGUGUUUGACCUCAUGAAUGGAGGGCCCCACCUAGGUUUACGACUCUUCCAGAAGUUUGACACAUUUCGGAUCCUAGUUUGCGGAGGGGAUGGCAGUGUAGGCUGGGUGCUCUCAGAGAUUGAUGCUCUGACUCUACACAAGCAAUGCCAACUAGGUGUUUUGCCACUGGGCACAGGGAAUGAUCUGGCACGGGUGCUGGGCUGGGGGUCCGCAUGUGAUGAUGAUACCCAACUACCACAAAUCUUAGAGAAACUGGAGAGAGCCAGUACAAAGAUGCUGGACAGAUGGAGUAUCAUGGUAUAUGAGACAAAAAUUCCACGACAGCAUUCCAGUUCAACAAUGGCAGAAGACUGCAAUGAUGACUCAGAGGUACAACAGAUUCUUACAUAUGAAGAUUCAGUAGCAGCUCAUCUGUCUAAGAUUCUCACUUCAGACCAGCACUCUGUGGUUAUCUCAUCUGCAAAAGUGCUAUGUGAGACAGUGAAGGACUUUGUUGCUCGUGUUGGAAAAGCAUAUGAAAAAACUCCAGAGUAUUCUGAGGAAUCAGAGGCCAUGGCCAAGAAGUGUUUAUUAUUGAUACAGUGUGGAGUAUUGAAGGAGAAGCUGGACUCGCUGCUCAAAACACUGAAUGAGGAGGCACAAGCAUCCACCAUUCUGCCCAGCCUUUAUCCCACAAUUGCCGAAGAACAGGAAAAAGGGGAGGGGCUCAUGAUGACUUCCCCAUGCAUCCCUCCUACACCAUGUUCUCCCCGAACCACCUCUACCAUCUUUACUCCACGGGAGCAACUAAUGUUGAGAGCCAACAGCCUGAAGAAAGCCAUUCGACAGAUUAUUGAGCAUACUGAAAAAGCUGUUGAUGACCAGAAUGCUCAGACACAGCAACAAGUUUUUUCUCUGGCAACAGAGGAGGAGGAUGAAGAUGAUGAGCGUAAUUCCCUUCAGUCUACUUACAGUGGGAGCACAUCCCAAAGCAUUAAGGCACGUCCCUCUGGAAGAGGUCUGAGGGCUGGGAUGACUGGGUUCCUCUCAAAUAGUUCAGUUAUCAGCCGACUGCUAGUGAAUGCAGAUUCCUUCAGCUGUGACCCAGAAAACUUCCAAUGCUACACAGAGAAAUGUGUGAUGAACAAUUACUUUGGAAUCGGACUAGAUGCAAAAAUUUCUCUAGAUUUCAACAAUAAGCGGGAUGAACAUCCAGAGAAAUGCAGGAGCCGGACAAAGAACAUGAUGUGGUACGGAGUCCUGGGCACCAAGGAGCUCCUGCAUCGUACAUACAAGAAUCUGGAGCAGAAGGUGCUGUUGGAGUGUGACGGAAGACCCAUUCCACUCCCCAGCCUGCAGGGCAUUGCUGUACUCAACAUACCAAGCUAUGCUGGUGGAACUAACUUCUGGGGUGGCACCAAGGAGGAUGAUACAUUCACUUCUCCUUCAUUUGAUGACAAGAUCCUGGAAGUUGUCGCUGUGUUUGGCAGCAUGCAGAUGGCUGUAUCACGAGUUAUCAACCUCCAACACCAUCGUAUUGCACAGUGUCGGACAGUGAAGAUCACCAUUCUUGGGGAUGAGGGUGUUCCAGUUCAAGUGGAUGGAGAGGCCUGGAUACAGCCACCAGGUUACAUCCGCAUCAUCCAUAAGAACCGUACACAGACCCUUACCAGAGACAGGGCAUUUGAAAAUACACUCAAGUCUUGGGAGGACAAGCAGAAAUGUGAGUUCCCUCGUCCUUCAUCCCAGCAUGCACUACCACCAGAGAUUGUGUCAGAGGAAGAGGCAGCUCAGAUCAACCUUUUUGGUCAGGCAGCUGGAGCCUUCAUUCACAGUAUUCGGGAAAUUGCCCAGUCGCACCAGGACAUAGAGCAGGAGCUAGCUCAUGCUGUCAAUGCCAGUUGUAAGGCUAUGGAUGUGGUUUAUGCCAAGUCCAAAAAUCCAGAGGGCCUGAAUUGCAGUUCAGUCGUUCAGAUGGUAAGCAAUGUUAAAGCCCUUCAUAAUGAAACGGAACUGCUCCUGGCUAGCAAAAUGUGUAUGCAGCUGGACCCUCCACAAAAAGAGCAAUUAAAUGGUUCCCUAACCAAUGUCACCCAGCAUCUUCAGAGGCUGGCAGACAUUGCUUGGCUUUGCCAGCUGAUUGAACCAGCAGAUGAGGUACACCUGAUGGAUUUGUACAAGCGAAACCGUAGUGGCAAGUUCCGUCUUGUCCCCAAGUUCAAGAAGGAAAAAAAUAACAAGAACAAGGAAGCUAGCAACACCCUUUCUCUACCAGUGAAUCAGUGGAGUACAGAAGAGGUGGCAGCCUGGUUGGAGCUAAUCUGUCUCUCGGAAUACAAGGAGAUCUUCAUCGGCCAUGACAUCCGUGGAGCUGAGCUCCUACACUUAGAAAGGCGGGACCUCAAGGAGUUAGGUGUGACUAAAGUGGGCCAUAUGAAACGGAUCUUACAAGGGAUCAGGGAACUGAGCCGGACCAAUAGCACCAACGAGGCCUAGUGUCUCUCUUCUGAGGCUGUGCAGCAGCAUGUCAUUUGUGCAUGACAUGGACCAAUUUGUAUAUCCCAUCAGGACAACAUGCAUGCCUUCACUAUUUCUCAUAUUUCUCAUCUUGAUUAAUGACUGCUGGAUUUAGUAUUUCUGUUGAUGCAGCAAGUUGUCCUCACACCAGAAUACAGUGGUACCUCAGAACUUGAACUUAAUCUGUUCAGAACUGGGGUUUGAAUCCUAAAAAGUUUGAGUUCUGAUCAAAUUUUCCCCAUAAGAAAUAAUGGAAAAGCAAUUGAUUGGUUCCC